AUGCAGUUACUCAACAUUCCAACCGCUAUUCUUCUCCUUGCUUCCGCUUUGUCGGUCACUUCUAUUCCAGUUGGGUAAAGACUUCUAGCAUCCGGUUGCACUCUACAUUAUCUAACUUGAAACUAGAAGUGGAGACGUAGCACUUCAAGCUCGUGAUGUGCCUGUUGUCAACGUCGCCGACGGGCAAGAGUUCGCCAAGAACUACAGAAGAGAUGAGAAUACUCUCGAAGCCCGAGAUGACAAGCCAAUAAUCCCAGUCAUUGCUAAGGUUCUCGCAAAGCCAGUUGUUGCUCCUACCAAGUGGGUAGCUACUGCUGUCAAGAAGGUCACUGGCAAAUCCAGAUACUCUCGCCGUGACGUUGAGGACACUCUCGGAGCCCGCGAUACCGAAGCCGACGAGGACAUGAAAGUAGCCAACGACGACGCCGAGGACAGCGACGACAGCGAUGCAGAAGAAUCCGACGUCGAAGAGGAUUUGGAAGAGUAAGCGCUCUGAAGCUGUUGUGCUGGGUCUACUUUCUCUUUUGCUCCACUUCCUUAUUUGAUCCACUUAUAGUUCUGCUGCCUAAAUGCUUCAUGUCUGCCUAAACCUUACACUCUUUAUAUAAACACCUUAGAUAGCUACCUUUUACAAUGCAAUCAAUUCUCCAUGACCUUCAGUACCCAAUACCCUUUCAACCCAAUACUUUUAUAUAUAGCAAAUGAAUGAAUAGGCUUACGUACAGAAGUUGACCAACCCCUGAAGCAGUAUGAAAAACGGGAUAAACGUAGGCCAUAUGCAUCAUGUAUGUCUCACUCAUGAUAGUAUCGAAGUAAUGCAGGAAAGUAA